UUAUGUGACUACUGCUCGGGUCACGAGGGACAAAAACACGAAACAAAUUUUAUCAUUUAAAAUGUAAAUUUGUUUAUAUUAACUUUACGUAAAUACUACCUAAGAAUAAAUGCAGAAUCACAAUAGAAUUUUAAAAACAAAUUAUUAUAUUAUAUUUACUGCUUAGAGUUAUGUAGCUCACGACACAGGCACAUCGCUAACACGAAAUACAGCCCUGUGCGACCGACCUGGCAACGCCAGGUAAACGCCAUACUUCUAAGAGCAUUUUUCGGGCGAGUUUACAAUUUGCAGAUAAUUUUGGAGAAAACGCGUAAAGAACGUGCAUUCGCGGCUUAAAAAAACGAAUCGCCAACUCGGGGGCUUAAUGUGAUUACCACGUGCAAUAUCAUCUACACGUACAUCAAAGUAAAUUGCCUGUUUUCCGGAAAAAGCCAUGCACAUUUAGUGGCGAGAAAAAAAUUGCCAAGUGUGGUGGAAAUCGUGUUCUACGCAUUGUACGCCGUAUCAGCUGAAGAAGAACACGUAAAGAGAAGGCGCGCAAACAAAACAAAGCGAUCAUAAACUAUGAGAUUAUAGAAUCCCUGGCCGGAUUCUGUUGAUUCUCCUGAAUCUAUCAACUCCGACAGCAAUGGACAAGCGAUUCAAGAGGCCGCUAAACCAAAAGGCCAACUACUCGGAUCCGCCCUACCACCAUAACGCGUCGCGUGGCUACCAAAAACACUCUCAUCCACACGGCGGCCAUCCGCACUCCCAUCCCCACUCCCAUCCUCACUUGCAUCACCAUCCAAACAAACAUUCGCGCCUGCAGCAUGGUUAUAGCUAUCAGAAGGGUGCCACCGCCGUGGGACCCAAUAGCUACUAUAAGCCGCCUCCUCCACAGCAUGUGCAAGCCAGAAACGUGGACGGGGGGGCUAUGGCGCCGCCGUCGUCGGGCGGAAACACUAGUUCCGAUGUAGUCACCUUGAUUGUGGAAAACAAUAACCUGAAGCGGAUGAUUGUCCUUCACCUGAACCUGAUGCAGGAGCAGACAGAGGGGUUGGCGGCCAAAGAUAAGGAGUUGGAUGACCAGAACGCCAAGCUGGAAGUCAUUCUCUCACAGAAUCAGGAAUUGAAGCUGGCGAAUGCCAAGUUGGAGGCGACUGUCGAAGAUUUGCGUAGACAGCUUCGGAGAAAGAACAAGCGGCCGCAUGACGACGACGAUGACGAUGAUCACUCACUGCCCCCAACUGCAUCCCAGCGCCAGCAGAUUCUCUGCAAUGCGGGAACCCAAACUGAGAUGCAGGAGGUCUACAAUCGGAUACAUCCUGUCGAACCAUUCCCCGCGCAGCAGACCCAGGCGAAGAUGCAACCCAGGAUGCAGAUUCAGAAGGAGCAGCUACACGAAGAGCGGCUGUCCCACAUAAAAGCGGGCCACAAGGCACCCGCAGCUGUGACAGCGGCCCGACCAUUGGAAAGCAAGGUUCGAGGCGAGUUCAAUGGCAAAAAGGUUAGCACCAUGUUCCUGAAUCGCGUAAAUCAAGACUCCAGCUUGACGUCUGCCGAGCACCGCACUCAGGAGGAGAGUGAUUCCAAAGAGGAGGAGGAAACUCAGCAGCAUAAGUUGGAAGAUAUCCGAUUACAGCAGCAGGAGGAAGAGGAGCAGCAAAAGCUUGUGGAGGAGCUGCCGCAGGAUCACGAAGUGAUCCUAGAAGAAGUAGUCGAGGACGAUAUAUUCCACGACGCUUUGGAGCCCAACGAAAUCGAAGUGGCCACAGAGACCAUUGUGGGCGUGGAUGAGGAAGUCAUUACAGAUGCCAACGGCCAUAUGGAUGAGGAGAAUGAGGAUGAUUCCGAGGAUGACUCUUCGGAUGAAGACGAGGAAGAUGAUAACGAAGAUGGUGAUACAGAUGAUUCUGACGAGUCUGAGGAGGAGGAGGAGGAAGAACACCAGUUGGAAAAUAAUUUAGACGAUUUCUGGAACAAUCAGAUGAACUCUAUGGAUCUGGAGGAAGCAGAGGAAAAGACGAUAGCACCGUCCGGCCAUUCCACACCAAAUCAUCAGCCGACAUUGGCGGAAGAGGAGCUCGAAAGAAGUACAGGAUCGGAUAAGAGUCAAGAGCCGGUUGAGGAAGAACAAGUCGAUCAGGAAAUAGUGGUUGAACAAAUGGAGGUGGACACGGUUGAGGAUGUAACGGAAGAAGUCGUCGUCGAUAGUCAAACCACUAUGGAAAUCGAAGUUCACACCGAGCAGAGGGUCUCGAUUAGUAGACACGUUAAACUGCGCGAGCAGGACACAUCGGAGGAUGAAAAGAAUGACUGUAAUAUACUUAAGGAUGAACGGGAGCCUGCUAAGACGUCUGUGGAGGACAAGCAGAGUCCACUAAAGGAGGAAAAGAAAUUGCGGGACGUAUCCACGGAGGAAAAACAUCAUCGGAGUCCAUUGAAGGAGGAAAAGAAAAUUCGGGAAACAUCCACGGAUGAAAAGCAGCAUCGGAGUCCAUUGAAGGAGGAAAAGAAAAUUAGGGAAAUAUCCACGGAUGAAAAGCAGCACCGGAGUCCAUUGAAGGAGGAAAAGAAAAUGCGGGACGUAUCCACGGAUGAAAAGCAGCGCCCGAGUCCAUUAAAGGAUGAAAAGAAAGUACGAGAAAUAUCCACGGAUGAAAAACAGAGAGUCCCUAAGACGACAAAAGAGAUUCGAGUGUUACGAGAUUCAUCUCAGGAUGAGGAAAUGGUUACCCCGAAUGAUGAAGGGAACAUUUUGAGGACAGCAAAGACGGAAAAGCCGAGUCUCCCGAUGUCUACGAGUGAGUGUCAAAAUCGGGAUAAGAAACUGAAUCAAUCAAGCGAUGUUCCGAGGAAUGAGAAAGUGAAUCAAUCGCGGGAAACCUCUACGGAUGAGAAGCUUAAGCGGGUAUCCAAAGAUCAAAAGUCUCAGCUUGCAGCUCAGAGCACUGAAGAGAAAGUGGACGUGGUCACGGAACCGAAGAAGGAUACUGCGGCCCCUAAGGACAUACCCAAGGCCGUAGCACCCAAGGCGGAAAUCCAUCCUAAUCCACCCUCCAGUGAGACAAACCUGCCCAAGGCAAACUCCGUUGCUGUAUCUCCCACACCCAAGGUUAUUGGAGCAUCUGUGCAACAGAGGGCUCCUCCAGCUAAAACGGUGGCCAAUCACCAGUCCAAUAAACUAGUAAAAGGUGAACCAGUGAAGAAGCAACGGUUGCAGGUUAAAAUCCGGCAGCACGACAUGUUUAAUGACAAGAAAGUAGGCGCAACCGCUUCAUCCAUUUCAACACGGGAUCAGAAAAAGGAGAAGGAACCCGAGAUAACUGUCAAUUCCACGACAAAGAAUUCUCGCGAUCAAGAUAGCUCUCCGAUGCCGAAGUCGGAACCGGAAGAUGAUGAAACGCUGGAAGAACGAAUGCGUCGGAAGCUGCAAGAACACCUUCAGAAGGAACAGCGUCGCCAGAGUCAGCAGCCGCAAGUGCUUCUGAAAAAACCCAGCAAGGAAAGCCCAACCACUCAUCUGAUCUAUCCACCCAUUGGACCCACAUCAUCAGCUGGGUCAGCAGCUACUAUAACUCCAGCGACUACGCCAACUACGACGCCCUCCUCUACGCCAGUUUCCACGCCCCACCCCACUUCCGCAUCCUCUCAGGAAAGUUCAGGGAGCAGUACGAGAUCCAAGCAAGACAAGAUAUCCCUGCCACUGACACCCCAGUCAAUGAGCAGUGUUAGCAGCAGCAGUAGUGGUUCCAUCCCCAAACCAACAAAAGUCGUUAACAACUGCGCACCACACACGUACAGUAAAGCUCCUUCGAGAUCGAAGAAGUCCAAAUCCCUGUAUCGCACUGCCGCAUAUCCCUAUACGACACGAUCGUGGGAGGAUCAGGAGUUCCAUUGCGAUAACGAGUUCUUCCUGGAGGAGGCUGACGAACUGCUUGCGGACAAUCCCAGCUUAGAAAUACCCAAAUGGCGCGAUGAUCCCGUACCACCCAGCUCUGAUAAGAAGGGUAUUGAACCUUUGAGCGAUGCGGAUUUCAUCCGGCGGCAUGAACCGUAUGUUAAGGAUGAAAUCAAGAGGAAGCGACUUGAUGCCCGAAAUCUGAAGGACAUGUUAAGAAGCGAGGCGAUGCGAAGUCGAAAGAUCCAGGAAGAGGUUUCGCUUCCUACAUCCACAUUUUAUCCCCUGCCCCACGAUAUCGAAGCCAUCCAGUUUGUCGACGAAGUGCCGGUUCAGGCGUUCGGUGAAAAUAUGGUCAACAUGGAGGCGCGCGACGACUUUAGCUUACCCUGGCUGGAUGCGGUUCAUGCCCAGACCUCCAUCGGCAAGGCCAAGGCGCUGGCAGUGCCUGUGGCCACGUUAGCGAGCAAAAAACUACCUACCAAUGCAAAGGAGGCCAGACAUCAGGAGAUGAACUCCUCAUAUGUCUACCUUAAGAGGCGCAAGCGCCCGAGACAACGUUAGCCAGGAUCCAUAGUCAAAUCCAUUUCCAGGGGGAAAAGCUACGGGAGCUGAGACGGAGACCAUGCUGAUAAUUGUCUAUUAUUUUUUUUGUAUUUUAGUUCUCAUUUAAGCAUCUUUUUUGCUUAAUUAUUUUGUAAGAUAAAAGUUAAAAGUAACCAACUCUAAAGUCCUGUAAUCCAGACCAGACCAGACCAGAUUUUUAAUGUAAAUAGAGUGCCACAAUUGUCCAUAAUUCAGUGUCGUUAUUUAGGAGUAAAGAACUCCUUUUUAAUUGUUUGGAUUUCGUAUCCUUUUAUUCGAAAGCUGGUAAACUGUUAUUCAAUUGUGAAAAUUAAUUAUUUUAAAAUUUCCUAGGUGUUAUUUCGUUUCUGUAAACCAGUUGAAAUCGUGUAAUGAAUUGUAAUCCCCACUUGACGUCUGGCCUGGAUCUCUUUAGAUUAAGUUGCCAGCUUGCAAUCCGUUGAAAUUCUAAAGAGUUUCCUUCUAGCAUGUACGUAGUCUCACAAAAGAUCUAUUCUCUACCUAGUACUAAACCAGUCGCUAAGUUCAGACAACACAUCUCAGCUUUAUCACCUUUAAGAUCACACGCACUGAAGUGAUAAACAAACGCAAAGGAUGAAAGUUCUAUGGGCUGUUUUAUUUUUGGCCAAAACAAAAAGAAAUUCUGAGACUUUCAAAAUUUAUAAUCUUUUUUUUUUACUAGAUCGUACUGCAAUUUUUUUUUCUAUUUAUACCCUAUGUUAUGGAAGACGAUGAUCUCUAGGGCAGACCCCGAGGAGUGUGUUGCGAAGAGUUACUCAGGUAUAUCUCUGAUAAUUUUUUUUUCCAUGGUUUGAUUGUGUGUAAAUUGUGUGUGAGUUGUUAGCGUCUGCAUAGAGUCAUCGGGUCUACACUUAUGUAUGUAUUGUUUAAUUUUAUUAACUUUCUUUAAUUGUUUCAUUUUGUACCAAAAACCGAAAAGUCGAAAAAACACAAACACAUGAUAUAAACAAAAUAAAUAAACUUGAUUUCCAAGCCGUAAAACAUGUUUUACGUGUAUAAAUA